CGAGUUUCAGAUAAAAACAUCCUGCAUAUAACGGUCGCUUCGGUUGACAGACUGCGGCAGUACAGGGGAGGCGCGUUCAUAUAAUCGUGCUGUCCGAGGAACACAAAUUCUGAAAUACACCAAAAUAAACCAUGGCUGAGGGCGAUAAUAAAAGUGCAAAUCUGUUGGCUCAAGAAACGAGUCAGCUGGAAGAGCAGCUUCAAGGAUGGGGAGAGGUCAUCCUGGCUGGAGAUCAGGUCCUGCGCUGGGAGAAGCCGUGGUACCCAGCAGCAUUAGUGGGCGCCACCACAAUCCUGUUCAUGCUAAUCUACUUCUUGGACCCCUCUGUGCUUACUGGUCUGUCCUGUGCUGUCAUGAUCCUGUGCCUGGCUGAUUACCUGGUGCCAACUCUUGCUCCCCGGGUUUUUGGUUCUAACAAAUGGUGAGUGAAGGGACAAUAGCAAGUCCUGCUUUC